AUGGCGACGCUUUCUGCUCAUCCGCGGAAGCACAAGCAUAGCGAGCGCUCUCUGUCGCAAGGAGCUGAAUUGUUGACCUCGAUCAGGGGAACGGCUAUUUCCAAGAUUCUCGCCGAAAAUGUCGCGGAGAACAACCAUCUCUUCGAAAACACAGUGGAGAUGUGGGUGUUUGAAGAGAAGGUGGAGAUCCCCAAGGACUCCAAGCAUUACGACCCGUCGUCGCCUCUCUGCCAGGGUCCUCAAAACUUGACCGAAGUGAUCAACAAAUUCAACGAGAAUAUCAAGUAUCUUCCGGGGAUUGCUCUGCCUAAGAAUCUGCACGCCAAUCCGUCGCUGGAGGACGCGGUGAAGGACACGACGAUUCUCGUCUUUAAUGUCCCACACCAGUUCAUUAUUCGCAUCUGUGACCAGCUCCAAGGGAAAGUUCUGCCCUAUGCUCGAGGCAUAUCUUGCAUCAAGGGUGUGGACGUCAACGAGGAGGGGGUCAGCCUGUUCUCCGAGACCAUUGGCAAGAAACUGGGCAUCUAUUGCGGUGCACUCUCGGGCGCCAACAUCGCUACAGAGGUUGCCAAGGAGCUGUUUUCCGAAACCACGAUCGGUUACGAUCCUCCUCAUCUUGAUUCCAAGGCUCCAUCACCGACGCAGGGCUCGCCUUCCCAGUCGCCGGUCGACAUUAUUUCCUUUGAACACAAGGAUACAUCCGGACAGUUCUCUCAAGUGAAACUACGGCCCCUCCCUCCCGAGUAUCCUCCUAUUGAUCAUUGCCUUCUGAAGACACUCUUCCAUCGCCCCUACUUCCAUGUUAGAGUGGUCCACGAUGUCGCAGGUGUCGCUCUCGGUGGUGCCUUGAAGAACAUUGUCGCUCUGGCAGCUGGCUUUGUGGACGGUCUCGGUUGGGGUGACAACGCCAAGGCUGCUAUCAUGAGAGUCGGGCUCCUCGAGAUGGUGAAAUUCGGUAAUCAAUUCUUUGGCGCGUCCAUCAAUCCGAAGACCUUCACCGAAGAGAGCGCCGGUGUUGCGGACAUGAUCACCAGCUGCAGCGGAGGACGAAACUUCCGAUGCGCCAAGCUCAGCGUUGAGCGCAACACUCCGAUCGAGGAGAUCGAAAAGCAGGAACUCAAUGGCCAGAAGCUGCAGGGAACUCUGACAGCGUACGAGGUCAACAAGUUCCUGAAAAAGCAAGGCGUGGAGGAUGAGUAUCCCCUGUUUACUUCCGUCCAGCGCAUCCUAGAAGGGAAAAUGAAAGUCGAAGAACUGCCAAGUCGCAUUGCAUAG